AUGAUCCCCUCAAGCCUCCUGCGCAAGCAACUCACCCGCCCACACACCCACCUUACACCCCUCCUGCGCAAAAUGUCCACACCCUCAAACAAAGCGUCGCCCAGCACGCCCUCCUCCCAGCCCCAAACCCAACCGCAACAAACCGCUCCCCCAACCACAGACCCAGACACGACAGCACCCCUAACCCUCCCAGAACCCAGCACGGCGACCCACAAGCUCAACGUCAACGGGCAAGGCGUCAAACUGGAUCACCUGGGCCCACUAGUAGUCAAUCGCGAUGGGACGCUGUCGAGGAUCGCGAAUUGGGAGAGCAUGGCGGAUAUUGAGAGGAGCAAUACGGUGAGGAUUCUGGGGAAGAGGAACAUGUUAAGGCUAGAGGGAUUGAGAGGGGAAGGCGAGGUAGGGGGUGUGGAGAAAUGA